GAUCAUCAUGGUCCCCGGCCUCCUCCUCGCUCUGCUGCUGCUCCUGAGCCCAGGCCCUGCGGCCCCCCACUCCGAGUCCCUGCCCGCGGCCUUCCUGGAGGACACGGGAGGCAGCGGGGAGGCCGAGGGCUCGUCGGCCUCCUCUCCGAGCCUCCCGCCCCCGGGGACCCCAGCCCUGGGCCCCACACCGUCCGUGGGACCGCAGCCCACGCCCCGGGGGGGCCCGGCCCCCCCCACUAGCCUCCUGGAGGGGCUCGUGGAUUUCUUCCGCCAGUACGCCAUGCUCAUCGCCGUGGUGGGCUCCCUGGCCUUCCUGCUCAUGUUCAUCGUCUGCGCCGCCGUCAUCACUCGCCAGAAGCACAAGGCCACGGCCUACUACCCGUCCUCCUUCCCCAAGAAGAAGUACGUGGACCAGAGUGACCGCGCCGGGGGUCCCCGAGCCUUCAGCGAGGUCCCCGACAGAGCUCCCGACAGCCGGCCCGACGAGGGCUUCGAUUCCUCCCUGCAGCUCCAGGCUGACAUCCUGGCCGCCACCCAGAACCUCAAAUCACCUGCCAGAGCUGCCCCUGCCAGCGGGGAGGGCGCCAGGCUGGUGAGGGGCAGCGCCCAGGGCAGCCAGGAGGAGGCCCAGGAAGCCCCAGGCCCCGGGACCUCCAGGGAGAAACCAGAAGUCCCAGAGGAGAUGCGCUCAGCGGAGGGAGCUGUGGCAGCCAGCGAGGGCCAUGAGGCUCCAGAAACCUCCUUCGCAGCCCAGGAAGCCCAGGGACCAGCGGGUCCCCCUGAAGGCCUAUGUGCCUGCAGUACUGUCUCCCCCAGCGUCUAAGAGGUUCUGGAGCUGCUGGCCUUGACCGUGAGGACCUUCUCCUUCCCCUCCCCGAGCUGUGCUCACCCCCUCAAGCAAAAGGCCUCCAACUCCAACCAUUCCUGACACCCCUCCUUAGCCUUCUUUGGGGGCCCUGUCCUCCAGCUGGCAGAGCUGCCGGACUCUGCUGCACCCCAGGAAUCUUCCCUCAGAUGUCAGCAGCUUGGAAUGCCCCUGGGGGGUCUCAGGGGCUGCCCCCUGCCCUGCCAGUGCUCAUGGGGGUUGGGGUGUCCCCAGGAGACCCCACAGCGUCCGCCACACGGGAUGGGUGGCGGAGCAAGUGGACGGCUGGGAACUUGGGCUUUGGGAACCCAAAGGGACCCCCCCUUCUGUGUCUCCCCAACCUGCAGCAUCUUCCUGUGGCUCAGAAGGUUCUGGGAGCAAAGACCAUGAUUUAGGGCCUUCCUGAGGGGUUCCCACGUGGGGUUCCGUGGGCCACCCCUCCCCGGGGGGGAACAAGGUGUAAACAUCAAAGGCACGGAGGGAGCGCUCCCUGACUUCCCUCCACAGCUUCACCCUGAGAGACCCCUCCAUCCCGAGAAACCCUCACCCCAGCCCCCCAACACCACCUUAAGGGCUUCUGUUGGGUCGGGUUUAAGCUAACGCUUUCCCAAAUUGUUUUCCUUUUCUUUUCUUUUUCACAGCUACAAAGUCAAAUCCCGUAACUCCCUCUUUGAAAAACAUUGCUCCCCAUUUUCCUGAAGGUGCCUCUUCUUAGCUGUCCAGCUGCUCUGGGGCUGGGGGUGCAGAGGUUCAGGGCUGUUUCUCCUCCCACUACAGCUAUUGGAGUGCACGCAUGAAUUGAACCUUUCUUAUUGGCUGCCUCCCCCCCCAAGCAGGCUGGAAGCUGAGUGGGGGCCGCACUUAGUCCCCCCUCCAUUCUGGUGUCUGGCCUGCAGCCUGAAGGGCUGUGGGGUGGGGAGGGAAGUGGGCAGCAUCC